AUGGAGAUGUAUACCAAGGGUUUCACAGGAUAUCAACCCAACAACAGGUUGGAUAUAUAUAUUGUCCCAUAUCAAGGUAGAAAGAACACGGAAAGAGAUGAAGGCGAAAGAAAGAAGAGAGGGAAAAAGAAGGGGAGGGCGAAGAUGAAGAAAUCGGAAGAAGUUGAGGAAGAGACGGAGGCUGAUGGAUGGUAUGUGCUCCGUAUGGUAUGGGGGAAUACGGCCUCCAUACGAGACCGCGCGGGGCUGAGAGAGGCAGGCAUUGGCAGCGCGAAUAAUACAGAAAUGACGUCUCCAGUUACCGUUUCCGCCGCCACAAUAUUGGCCCUGGAUAUCUCCACCCCACCUGGUUCGAGAUUUGGGCAUCAACAUUUCAGCGGGUUAGAAUAUCCUGCCACUGGAGAUAAAGAAGGAAGAAAAAUGAUUAGCAGCAGUUCUUCGAUUCGACAUUCUAUAAUUACUAGAAAACGUCUUUCCCGUUGCUUCUAA